AUCCCCCACCCGUCACCAAGUGAGUAAAAACUUCUGUAGUACGUUGUCGCCCCACCUCUUGUUCUUCACUCAUUCGGGUACAAAGUAAACAGCUCGACCUUACGCACCUUAUCGCUCCCCAGCAGGCGCGUAGCCGCGUUGCGCCAUCCACGUUUGGCUAUCUAAAACCAAAAACAAGUUUCCCUCCGAAAGAGAGCUGCGGCAGACGCGUUAGUGGCAGGUUGUUCUUCCAGUGAUGCAGGUGGACAUCAGAGGCCGCGAGUCUUUCUGUUCACAGAGAAGACAAAAGGAUGACAUGUGAUCACCUGAGUCGACUGUUGGCACUUUUUGUGAUUUUCUGCGCCGCGCGAACAGGUUCCGUGGUCCAGGGCGCACGAGAUUUCGAAAAGAAAGCCUCCAUGCUGCUGAAAGAGGAGUCAGAAAACCCCAAAUGCUUUGCUGAAAACAGGAAGGACUUCACGUGUUUCUGGGAGGAAGAUGAGGAGAGAGCUGGCUCUGUGGAUCAAUACACCUUCACCUACAACUACCAGAAUGAAAACGGCAGUCGGUGUCCGCUGAGAGUCGUCCCGGCAGCAGGCGGGAAAAGGCUGUUCGUCUGCCACCUGAACCGAUUCCAGAUGUUCGUCCAGAUGGACAUCCGAGUUCAUCGGGAGGGAAUGCUGAUCCACAAUCGCAGCCUCUUCGUCGAGCUUGUCUUUUUUCUGGACCCUCCCGGUAACGUGACGGUGAGCGGCACCGGUCAGCAGGGCCAGCUGAACGUCAGCUGGGUGCCUCCUCCUCUGAAGUACAUGGAGGACAGCAUGAUGUACGAGGUCAUCUACGCUCCUGAGGGCCACCACGUUGGGCAGGUGGAGGUGGCACGAGCAAGCUCAGAGCUGAUCCUGAGAGGCCUGCAGUCAGGUACAAAGUACGAGGUUCAGGUCCGAGUGAAGCUGGAUGGGCUGAGCUACAACGGCUACUGGAGCGCCUGGAGUGACCCAGUGUUCAUGGAGACUCUGCCAGCAGAACUCGACCCGCUGAUCUUGUCCCUGACUCUCGUCAUCUCCUUCAUCCUCAUCCUGCUGUGCCUUGCCAUGCUCCUGUCCCAUCAGAAGUUUCUCAUCAAGAAGAUUUGGCCAACUAUUCCAACUCCUGACGGCAAAUUCCAAGGGCUUUUUACUGUUUAUGGUGGGGACUUUCAGGAGUGGUUAGGGCAGACCAAUGGAGGCCUGUGGUUGACUCCAGCUCUCGUCUACUCAGAAGAACGUCCGUCUCCUCUGGAAGUCCUGUCAGAACUCAGCCUUUGUCCUCCACUGUCCUCCCCUCCUCUGCCGCCCAAGGCCUCCAAAGCUUUGAGCGCCGUCAGAAAGGAGGACGUGAAGAACGGGCUGGAGGAGAGAGAGCUGUUGGAAAGGGGUAAUUCAGCUCUGACGGAUGGGUGGAGACGCUCACCACAUGACCCCCGGCUGAUGGACCGCCUCCGGGCGUUCCACCAGCCCCAGGUCCCCUUCUCCCAGCUGUCUCUGCUGGAGUCUCAGGACGCCUACGUCACCCUCAACACCAACAACCAGGGUGAAAACGGCCACGUGGAUGACAACUUUGAGGAGGCCCUACCCCUUGAGGUGCUGUUUGCCUCCAGAAAGACGGUGUUGUGUGAGUCCCACUCUGACCUGGGAUCGGUGCAGCAAAGCUCCGGGUCGGGUCGCCUUUCGUCACAGUCCAGCUUCGAGUACCCUCACCAGGCCUGGACAGCAAAAGGUCCUUUGUACACCUACAUGGCGGUUGCAGACUCUGGGGUCUCUAUGGAUUACAGCCCCAUGAGCAGAGUGGACGACAUUGGGAAGGCGGUUUUCUACGCCCACGACUACAAGAAUGAGAUCUCAGCUCACAGAAGACCUCUCCUGUCACGGCAGUACCCGGUUCAUGAUAAGGGCUGAGAUGGAGGUAAACUGGACGGGCUGUACUCGGACUGAAGGCUCUCUGGAUGUUCACACCAGGCCACACAGGCUUUCAUCAACUGUUAAGAGAGGAACCAAGGAGCUGAAAGCUAAAGGAUCCACUGGAUUUAUCUGAUCUGUACAGGACACUACCACGACACAGGAAUGGCAGCCAAAUACUGAUUCUCUGAUCAUCGUCUGCAUGCCGAUGCAUUAGCCCUGCUGUUGUCUUUGUCUACGAGCACCAAAAAAUAUUGUUUCCUUGUCUGAUAAAAUGCAAAAAUUCAGAAAAAAAAUCCCCAAAUUUCUGUAAUUUUCAAAACCUUCAGGAAGAAAAUUCCAAUAAUUCCUUAAAAGUUUUAUUUAAAAAAAAAAGACUGUUAACAAAAUAACCAAAUGUUCUUUCCUUGUUCUUCUGAUAUGUGGUAUGUUGGUGAUAUUCUGAAAUUUUUCUAUUGUCAACAAGCUGAAUUCGAAUACCAAAACUGCCAAAGAUUCAAUCUUUUUACAGUAAACACCCAUGUAUCCAAAGCCUGCUGUGGUGGAGGAAGUACAACGAUCUUUUGUGAAAAAUAGCAAUACCACAGUGUAAAAGUCCUGCUUUCAAAAUCUUAAAGCCUUAGGAUUAAAAUUCUACUUUAAAAAGAUUAAAAUACACUUAAAAGUCAUUUCAGAAUAAUAUCCAUUACUGGAUUAAUUGAUAGUGGUACUUUGUAAUUGUAAUUUUAUUUACUGUAUAUAUUGCUGGGUAGCUAAAUCUAUAAUAUUAGCAUUUUAUUAUUUUUAUUAUUUUCAGUUAAUAAUAUGACGUGAAUAUUAAACUGCAGAGUAGUGAAAGUUGUCAAAUAGUUGUUGUAAAGUAAAAAGUACUAUAUUUGCUUUGAAAAUGUAGUGGAGAAGUGGAAAGUAGUAGAAACUGGAAAGACUGAAGUCAAACAGAAGUACCUCAAAAUUGUCCUUAAGUGAGUAAAUGUACUUAAUAUUUGCAUUCCUUGACAGAAAGGCUGUCAGAUAGUAGCUUAUUCCUUGGUAGCAUGCACUUCUAUUUUAGUCCAACAAGACUGAAAGCAUACAGCUCUGCUAGCAGGCAUGAGUUAGCUACUUUAGCAUGCUAACAUGCUAACGUCGCUAACUCACUACUGCUAGGAGUAUAGGGACAUUAGCGCUGAACUCAAAUUACAGCUGAUCUGAUGAGAGUGUCUUUAAUUUUGAAAGCAUCUGGUCAUAAAACCACAGCACUAAACAACAACCACAAAAGAUUAUGCUAAAUUAAAUGUUUUGGUUCUUUAAUCUGGGCCAAAGUGAUGCAUAUUCAGUAGAGCGCUAAAUGUGUAUUCAUCCGCAGACAAAAAUAAACCCCAACAAAUGCACUAUUGACUCAUGUUUGACUAAUAUUUGUUAAAAACUACACUGCAAGCUCUUUAACUAUAUAUUUGUUUAUGUCCUCUUUGGAUUUGUUGAUGAUACCAAAAACACACACUAUUACCAUCUUUACCAUUUAAAUUUUACUUUGCCUCCAUGGCCACUACACCAGUGUCAUUUCCAAAUCUGAAACUCACUGUAUUUGUAUAUAAUGUGUAUUUUUUUAUGUUUAAUCACAGACCAGUAAGCAGUUUUUAUUUCCCAAACACAGACUUCUGGGACAAAUGAAAUGAUUCCUACUGUAGGCGCUGCAGAAAAGCAUUAAGGUAGUAUUCAGGUGACUGUAGCUGUUGAACUCGUUUUCUAGUCACUGCUGCCAUCUACAGAGCACAGCCACACAUUUCAGGACAUUAAACUGAAGAAUUUCUAGACUUUUUUAUCCUUGUUUGCUUUCGUGGCUAAAGGAAAAUAUCUUGUAAGUGAAUUUAUAGCAACUCUUAAAGUUUGUAAGUACAUUUGUAAAGAUUGUUGAUUUUUGAUUUUAAAAAAGUUGUAAUAUAGUGUGACACAACAGGGAAACAACUGGCUGUCCUGUAAGUUUCUUUUUCAUAAUAGCUUUUUUCUUACUAAGAAAUAUAUAUUUGUUAAGAUAAAGUCUGAUCUUUGGAUGAACAUUGUAAAAUGUCUUUUCUUAUACUAUAAUGCAGAGAAUGCAUAAACUUAAAAACAGAGUACUAUGUCCUUUCAUGUCUUUCAUUAACCCUCCUGUUGUCUUCAUUUACAGGCACCAAAAAAUAUUGUUUCCUUGUCUGAAAAAAAAGUUCAGCAAAAUUUUUUUUCCCAAAUUUCUGAAAAUCUGUAAAACCUUCAGGAAGAAAAUUCCAAUAAUUCUUUAAAAGUUUUAUUUUUAAAAAAUCACCAAAUUUGGCAAGAAAUUCUUGUAAAUGUUUUCAAAAAAUAGUAAAAAAUCUUCCAAAAAAAUCCUAAAAAUAUCAAAAGUGAUUUCAUAUAUAUCAGUAAGACUUCUCAUAUCUACUUCACAUAAAAAUCAACCAAAUUCCAAAAUUUGCUGGAUUUUGGUUGAUUUUUUUUGUGGAUGUUAAGAAACAUUUUUUCACCAAAAAAUGUUGAAAAUGUGGACAUCAGAAGUUUCACUGUGAAAAUAUAUUUUUUUCCACAUUUUCAAACUUUAAAACGGGUCAAUUUUGACCCACAGAAUGACACGAGGGUUAAAAUGAACAUUUAUAUUGUCUCUUGAAUAUGACUUUGUUUUCAGAAGAUUUGUAAAAUACUUUAACUGUGAUAUCAGCCCCUGAAAUCUAAUGUUUCACGCAUGUUGAUUAAUGGAAUAAAAACAUUAACAUGA